AUGACGUGCGCGUCCAAUGACGCUUCCACGUCGACGGAAACGACAUCGCCUCCCAAGUGCGCUGCGCAGUCGCCGACUUCGACCGUUAACGACCCGAACUCGAUCGCCGACACGACAGCACGGCUGCUAGGCGAGGAGGUGCUACAGAAGCGGUGGCACAGAAUCGAGAUCAGCGACUGCAGCUGGGCGACGUUUCGCACUUAUCUACAUGCGCUGUACUACGAUGCGGCUGGAUGGAUUCCAUCUCGCUCGCGAUACCUUGCACACGUCUACAAGGACACAGGGACGCCUGCGCCGGAACUCCAAGCGCGUCAACAAACAUCCUUCUCCGCGCAGACGAACGUAAACGUGAACGGCACGCCUUGCUGCAGCGCGCACGCCUUCUACAGGCUGGCAGAUCGCUACCUCGACGUUCGCUUGCGCGAACGGGCGAAAGUGGCGAUCCUACGCAGUCUGACGGUCGAUACGGCCGCCUUCGAGGCCUUCUCCUCGCUCAGUCGCUCCUUCCCCGACGUGCGCGACGGCGUAAUCGACUGGAUCGUCGACCACGCAGACGACGUCUUCAAGUCCCGCGGAUGGCAGCGGGCUGUCGAGCUCGUCGACGAAGGGGCGCUCGCAGGCGGAGCGACGGUGAUGAACCGCGUCUUGACGGCCGUGCGAGAGAAGGCGGCGCGAGAUGCGCGAGAAGCGAAGGCAGCAGCUAUGCUGAGGGGGAGGAAGCACCACCUUGACGCGGACAGCGAGUAG